AUGGCUUCACUUCUAGAAGUACUAGUUACAAGUGACUCAAAUAAUACAUUAUGGACGGGUUGUGUAUGGGACCCACAUACCGGCACCAGCUUAAUGACUUAUAAAGGAGGCGGCACAGCUGAAGGUAAUACGCUUACCUUUAUCGGAAAUGAUUAUUUGGCAGCUGUGGAAAAAACAAAGCCAGUAUUACACGUAUGGCCACUCAACUCAUACCAAACAAUUCAAGGCAUACGUUUUAUUUUGCCGGGUAAAGCGACUGCUUUAUCAGUCUCCCGGGAUGGUGCGUAUCUAAUCGCAGGCAUUGAUGAGAAAAUAUAUUUAUGGCAAAUUGCUUCUGGUAACUUAUUAACAAUUAUAAACCGCCACUAUCAAAAGGUUAUUCUGUUGAAAUUCACUCCUGAUGGACGUUAUUUCGUUUCUGCAGCCGAUGAUGGCAUGGUCAUGGUGUGGUCCUUAGCUACAGUGACUGCACAUUCCGAGGUGGAUCUAGUCACUCAAUCGUCUGCUGGUCAUCAUGACCCAGUUUAUAUAUUUUCUGACCAUUCCCUGCCUGUAACUGGCUUGUGUAUAAGUAAAACAGGCAUUCACGGUCGCCUGAUUACUGUGUCUAGUGACAGAUCAUGUAAAGUGUAUGACUUGUCAUCAGGAGAAAUGCUGUUGAAUCUUGUCUUUGGUUUACCUUUAAGUGCUGUUACAAUGGAUGUAUUAGAACUGAAUGUUUUUGUGGGGACAACUGAAGGACAAAUUUAUCAACUCAGUCUAACAAAUCCACCAAGAAACAGGGAUCUGUUGGUAAACACUGAAGAUAAACAAAACAUCUUCAAAUCUCAUACAAAAACAGUAAACUGUUUGUCCGUUUCACUUGAUGGCGAAACUUUGAUGUCGGGAUCUAAUGAUGAACAAGUCAUUCUUUGGCAUAUUCCUAGUAAACAACCAGUAAGAAUAAUCCGUCACAAAGGGCCAGUAUUAAAUGCAUUUUUUACUAUCAACUUCCCUGCUAUUUAUAAACAAGAUUUCGCACCAAGUAUGAUUCUGCACAGUCUGGAAAGAACAUUAGAAAAAGAUUCAGAUGAUGUCACAGAAAUUGAGAUUCUCAUGAAUAGAAAAUAUGAUUUCUGGCCGGAGCUACGCUCUGAGUCAGAGUUUAGUAUUUCAACAAAGGAAUUGGAAAAUGAAUUCAAGUUUAAGGAAUCAGCGUUGCAAGAACAAUUAAACAAAUUGAAGACAAUAAAUACAAAUUUAUAUUCAAUAGCUGUUCAGAAGACCUUAGAAUCUGUUCCUAAAAAGAAUAAGAAUAAAAAGAAAUAA